UAAUGCUUUAUCAUUUCACAUGUUCUGUUCUGCUCUGCUCCAAAAACAUGCUUCACUCGUAAAAAUAUCCAUUCCAAUCCAUUUGUUCGUGAGCCAUGGAAAACUCUGUUUCCUCUAUCUCCCUCACUUUCCCUCCAAACCCCACACCCAGCAUUUUCCGAGUCUUCAGCUUCAGACCCUCCAAAACCCAUCACACAAAGCCUCCCAAAUUCACCACUCGCACCCCAAGGAAGCACAAGAAGAAGGUGAAACAAUUCACCGAAAAAGACGCGUUUCCAUGCUCCCUACCCCUCCACAACAAAAACCCAAUCUUCAUCUACAAAGACAUCAAGCGUUUCGCUCGCCUCAACAAGCUCAAGGAGGCUCUUACCAUCUUGGACUACCUCGACCAGCGCGGCAUCCCCGUCAACGCCACCACCUUCUCCGCCCUCAUCGCCGCCUGCACCCGCACCAAGUCACUCUCCCAAGGGAGGGAAGUCCACACCCAAAUCAGAACCAACGGGCUCGAAAAGAACGCUUUUUUGCGGACAAAGCUGGUUCACAUGUACACCGCUUGUGGCUCAGUACAAGAGGCACAGAAACUGUUCGAUGGAUUGCCCUGCGAGAGUGUGUACCCCUGGAACGCUUUGCUCAGAGGGACUGUUGUUUCGGGCAAAAGAAAGUACAUUGAUGUGGUUAGAACCUAUUCCGAGAUGAGGGCAUUGGGGGUUGAGUUGAAUGUGUAUAGUUUCUCCAAUGUGAUCAAGAGCUUCGCUGGCGCUGCGGCGUUUUCGCAGGGGUUGAAGACUCAUGGGCUUUUGAUCAAGAAUGGAUUGGUGGAUAGCUACAUUCUUAGGACUUGUAUGAUUGACAUGUACUUCAAGUGUGGGAAGGUUCGGCUCGCGUGCAGGGUGUUUGAGGAAAUUCCCCAGAGGGAUGUUGUCGUGUGGGGGACGAUGCUUGCCGGUUUCGCGCACAAUAGGCUGCAGAGGGAGGUUUUGGAGUAUGUGAGGUGGAUGGUGGAGGAGGGAGUGAAGCCAAAUUCGGUUGUGAUGACUACUGUUAUUCCUGUGAUUGGGGAGGUUCGUGCAAGGAGGUUGGGCCAGGAGUUUCAUGCUUAUGUUGUGAAAACGAAGUCGUAUGCCAAACAGGUGCCGGUGCAGUCUUCAUUGAUUGAUAUGUAUUGCAAGUGUGGGGAUAUGAUUUCGGCGAGGCGGGUUUUCUAUGGUUCGAAUGAGAGGAAUGCAGUUUGUUGGACGGCUCUGAUGGCUGGUUAUGCUUUGAAUGGGAAGCUGGAGCAAGCGCUGAGGUCCACGAUUUGGAUGCAGCAAGAAGGGUUCCGGCCUGAUGCAGUGACACUUGCCACUGUUCUUCCGGUUUGUGCACAGUUGAGGGCACUGGAACAAGGGAAGCAGAUUCAUGCUUAUGCUUUGAAACGUUGGUUUUUGCCUAAUGUGUCUAUAACUUCUUCAUUGAUGAUGAUGUACUCCAAGUGUGGUGUUAUUGAGUAUUCUAAAAGGUUAUUUGAUAAUAUGGAACAGAGGAAUGUGAUUUCAUGGACGGCCAUGAUCGAUUCAUGUAUAGAAAAUGGGUGUCUGUUUGAAGCGCUUGGUGUGAUGAGGGCAAUGCAAUUGUCAAAGCACAGGCCUGAUUCUGUUGCUAUAGCAAGGAUGUUGAGUGUUUGUGGUGAACUAAAACUUGUAAAGCUUGGGAAGGAGAUUCAUGGGCAGAUGUUGAAAAGGGACUUUAAAUCAGUCCCUUUUGUUUCUGCAGAACUCAUCAAUAUGUAUGGUUCAUCUGGAGAUAUUAAUAAGGCUAAGUUGGUGUUUGAUGCAGUUCCCGUUAAAGGUUCUAUUACAUGGACCGCUCUUAUAAGGGCCUAUGGAUAUAAUGAAUUGUACCAAGAUGCAAUUAACCUUUUUAAUAUGAUGAAAUAUUCUCCAAACCACUUCACUUUUGAAGCCAUUCUAUCUAUAUGCGACAGAGCUGGAUUAGCAGACGAUGCUUGUAGAAUCUUCAAUUUAAUGUCUAGAUAUAAAGUUGAAGCAUCUAAGGAACACUUUGCUAUUAUGGUUCGACUGCUUACUCGCAAUGGUCAACUAGAGAAAGCUCAGAGAUUUGACCAAAUGAGUUCUUUCUUGUAAAGAUUUAUGGAUUGUUAAAAAAUCCAGAAUACAGACAUGCAACCUUUGGCUCAGAACUGUAAAUUCUUAUUUAUUUGAAUUUUUUUUUCUUCCAUACUAUACUGCUCAUAAGAACUUCUCAACCAAAUUAUGUGAUUUUUUCAUGAACACACCAACUUGUAGCUUUUGAAAAGCUGAAAUUUUGAAGAAUCUAAAUUCAAGUGCCUCUCUGUAAUUAUGAUA